UUAUGACUGUACAAAGAAUGAAAAACAAAUUUGUUGAAUAAAACUUAAAAUCAGGAAGCUCUAAGUCAUCCGUACAUCAAGAACGCCCCUUGGGCCAAGCCUAGUGAGUUUGAGUGAUUCCUGCCUUUGCUGUAGAGUGUCCUUUCUUGGUCUGACUUCUUCCUGGGAAUCUCUCUAAUUCUCCAACCAAUCUUAGUUCUAACCUGAUCUCUGAUCCUCCAACCAGUCUAAGUUCUAAACCUGAUCUCUGAUCCUCCAACCAGUCUUAGUUCUAAACCUGAUCUCUGAUCCUCCGACCAGUUUUAGUUUAACCUGAUCUCUGAUCCUCCAACCAGUCUUAGUUCUAACCUGAUCUCUGAUCCUCCAACCAGUCUUAGUUCUAACCUGAUCUCUGAUCCUCGAACCAAUCUUAGUUCUAAACCUGAUCUCUGAUCCCCAACCAGUCUUAGUUCUAACCUUAUCUCUGAUCCUCCAACCAAUCUUAGUUCUAAACCUGAUCUUUGAUCCAUCAACCAGUCUUAGUUCUAACCUGAUCUCUGAUCCUCCAACCAGUCUUAGUUCUAACCUUAUCUCUGAUCCUCCAACCAAUCUUAGUUCUAAACCUGAUCUUUGAUCCAUCAACCAGUCUUAGUUCUAACCUGAUCUCUGAUCCUCCAACCAGUCGUAGUUCUAAAACUGAUCUCUGAUCCUCCAACCAAUCUUAGUUCUAACCUUAUCUCUGAUCCUCCAACCAGUCUUAGUUCUAACCUGAUCUCUGAUCCUCCAACCAGUCUUAGUUCUAAACCUAAUCUCUGAUCCUCCAAUCAGUCUUAGUUCUAAACCUGAUCUCUGAUCUUCCAACCAGUCUUAGUUCUAAACCCAAUCUCUGAUCCUCCAACCAGUCUUAGUUCUAAACCCUAAUCUCUGAUCCUCUAACCAGUCUUAGUUCUAAACCUAAUCUCUGAUCCUCCAACCAGUCUUAGUUCUAAACCUGACAUUGCAAAUUCUGUGUAUAUUAUUAUAUGACUAAAGACUAUGAAUAAUUUCAGAAAAAUGACUAGAGCUGUUUGAAUUUUUUCCAGUCCACUGAGUCCUUGUUUGCAGGUUUCAUCAGAUCCAGCUGUCCGGUGUUAGUGUUGAGAUAAUCCUGAAAUGAAUUCCUAGAAGGACGUAAUGGCUCGUAUGGAAAUUUACACUUGUGUCAAUAAAGAAAAAGGAUGCAAUUGGACUGGAACCAAGUUUAAUGUAUAUGAACAUCAGGAAUUUAUGUGUGACCACUACACUUGUGUCAAUAAAGAAAAAGGAUGCAACUGGACUGGACAAAAUUUCAAUGUUUUGAAUCAUCAGGAAAGUUGUCAACGCUAUUCUUCUGCCAAUAAAGAAAAAGGAUGCAACUGGACUGGACAAAUGCACAAUGUUUUGAAUCAAGAGGAAAUUAGUAAUCACUAUAUUUGUGUCAAUAAAGAAAAAGGAUGCAACUGGACUGGACAAAAGCACAAUGUUUUGAAUCAUCAGGAACAUUGUGAACACUUUUCUUGUGUCAAUAAAGAAAAAGGAUGCAACUGGACUGGACAAAAGCACAAUGUUUUGAAUCAUCAGGAACAUUGUGAACACUAUUCUUGUGUCAAUAAAGAAAAAGGAUGUAACUGGACUGGACGAAAGCACAAUGUUUUGAAUCAUCAGGAAUAUUGUAAACGCUAUAUUUGUGUCAAUAAAGAAAACAGAUGCAACUGGACUGGACGAAAGCACAAUGUUUUGAAUCAUGAGGAAUAUUGUAAACACUAUAUUUGUGUUAAUAAAGAAAAAGGAUGCAACUGGACUGGACGAAAGCACAAUGUUUUGAAUCAUCAGAAAUAUUGUAAACACUAUAUUUGUGUUAAUAAAGAAAAAGGAUGCAACUGGACUGGUCGAAAGCACAAUGUUUUAAAUCAUCAGGAAUAUUGUAAACGCUAUGUUUGUGUUAAUAAAGAAAAAGGAUGCAACUGGACUGGACGAAAGCACAAUGUUGUGAAUCAUCAGGAACGUUGUGAACACUAUAUUUGUUUCAAUAAAGAAAAAGGAUGUAACUGGACUAGACACAAGAGAAAUGUAUUGGAUUAUCAGGAAAUUUGUGAGAUUGCUGGUCAAAAUGAGAUUUUGGAGAAAGUUGUCAAGGAUAUUGAAGGGUUGAUUCUGAACACAGCAAUGUGUAGAGAGAUGAAUUAGAGAGAAUCUAAAGCUGAUAAUCAGUAAAUCAUCGACACUGGAGGGAAGAUCGGGAGGGCGAGGAUGUAGUGAGACCAACAGCAUGGGAGCCUGUAUGUGGAACUGGUAAAAGAGGAGGGGAGGGAGGAGAGGGGAGACCAGGAGGGUGAGGAUGUAGUGAGACCAACAGCAUGGGAGCCUGUAAGUGGGAUUG